UGUCAGAUGUAAACAUAACCUAAUAUCACAGACUAAUUUGUACUAAUAUUUGAAUUUUGUGUCAGUAUCUUGUGUUGUUUUCCCAUAAAAUAUGAAUAAUUUGGAACUCAAAGCAGAAAGUCCACCUGAAGAUACUUCAGGGGACGAGACCAGUUUGUUAGUGGUAAUUUUCGACAGUAAUCCCGGCCAAAAACUACUCAGAGAAAACCCUCAUAUGUUGACCCAUUGCUUAGAUUCUAUAAUAGCAUUCUCUAAUUCACAUUUGAUGCAGAAGGCUCAUAACAAAUUAGCAGUAAUGGCAUGUCAUUCCAGAAAAAGCGAUUUUAUUUAUCCAGGCACAGGAAAACCUUUGGAUUUAAGGCAAAUCGAUGGUCAAUAUGAAACUUUCACACUGGUAGAAAAAACGAUUAAAAAGAACCUUGCUAAACAUUUAGCGUCAGAAAGUACUGUUCUUAAUACUGAAUCUCUCCUAGCUGGUGCUAUUGCCAUGGCCUUAUGUUAUAUUGCAAGGUUACAAAGAAUAAAAUCAGCAGGUUGCAAAUUAAAUUGUAGAAUAUUAGUCGUAACUGGAAGCAACGAUUCUGCAUCACAAUAUAUGAAUUACAUGAAUGUGUUUUUUACGGCACAAAAAUUAAAUGUUGUUAUAGAUGUUUGUGCGUUAGAUCAACAUUUGAGUUUACUACAACAAGGAUGUGAUAUUACCGGAGGAUUAUACUUGAAAAUACCACAACUUCAAGGUUUAUUACAAUACCUGUUGUGGGUUUUCUUAGCAGAACCUCCCAUUAGACAAAAACUAGUACUGCCACCUCCCACAAAAGUUGAUUAUAGAGCAGCCUGUUUCUGUCAUCGAGAAUUAAUUGAUAUUGGUUAUGUUUGUUCAGUAUGUUUAUCUAUUUUCUGCAAAUUCAGUCCAAUAUGUACAACUUGCCACACUGUAUUCAAGAUUCCCCAGCUAGCCGUAAAACCAAAAAAGAAAAAGUUCAAAUUACAAAUGUAAACUUAUUUUGUUGACAAUAAACAAUCGUAAAUCUAA